CCGUUCUCAGCGUCAGUCUGGGGUAUAGAUUGAGGCGGACUCUUCGAUUUCGACUUGGCUUUCGCCGAAGGUUCACCUUGCACAGGCUGCUCCUGUGCCAUCGGGUCUGGUGGUAGUAGUUCCGGCGACGCAGCUCUGGAAGACGGUCUGGAUGGUGCUCUCGACGGAGCCCUUGAAGUCGCUCGUGACUGUGCCCUUGACUGUGCCCUCGCAGCUGUCCGACUCGGCUGUCCCUUCGACGGCGCUCCAGCAACGGGAGCCUUGACCGGUGGCGCUCUCGAUGAUGCUCUAGACUGGGCUUUGGCAGGUGCUGGAUGUGCCUUGGCGGGGGGAGCUUUCGAUGAAGCUCUAGACGGAGCUUUCGACGUUGCUCGCGACAUCGUCCGACCCACCCUUGAGCCCCCAGCCUGCAAUCGCGAAGCUUCGACUCCCGCGGCAGCAUUGUCUUUCGCUGCCUGGUUCAGCAGUGCAGCUAGCGUCGGUGCUGGUGCUGCUGCCGGUACGGGUGUGGGUACUGGUUCAGGCGCGGGCUCCGAAGCCAUCGAGGGUGCGGGGGACUCCUUCCGGUUCGGCGUCCCUGUGGAUAUACGUUCACCCUUCUUCCGCAUCGCCGCCCUGCGCGUCGUCGGGCCUGGCUUCCUGGGUGUAGGGCCGGAGCUAGAGGGCGUUGCCGCUGUUUCGAGUGCCUGCGCCAGGACAUUCGUUUCUGGCGUUGGCCUCAUCUUCGAAGCGGAAGUGGUCGGAGCGGCCUUGGGUGUUGAUACUAGGGUAGUUUGAACGGGAGGUUUGGUCGGGGCAUGGGAUUGAGAGCGAGGCUGAGAAUGUGUGCUGUGGUUAGAGGGUGCUGGUGAGGGUCGGGAGUUGGCCAGAGACGUAGACGUAGUGUUGGUUGGCAGUGAUUCCAGCGACGUCGUCUCCUUCGACAAAGAGGAGUCCCCCACCUUCAAAUCUCUCCCCCACUCCAGCUUCGCUAUCCGCACUCCUUUCUCCUCGUCCCCAUCCUCCUCCUCGUUGUCAGCCCGCUGCGGCACCCAUGGUGUCGGCGGUAUCGGUGUGAGCGGCGACAUGGGCGUAGCAGGAACCCCACCGAACGGAGUCUUCGGCAUCGUUGAAGCUUUCUGAUAACGCUGUCCGAGGAGUGUACUCCGCGGCGUUGCCUUGACCGAGCUCCCAGAAGCCGCGAAAGCAGCAGUCCGAGAUGGAGCGGCUCGCGGCGUCGCCAACUCACCCGCCUGUGUCUGUGGGCUCGCAGUCUGUACCGUGAUCUCGGGGAACAUCGCAGCUCGAGCACCUAAAGCCGAGGCAAUGCCAGGGCCAGGGCUCGCAAUAGAGCUUCGCCGCUUAAGCUUCGCCUUUCUUUUGCUGCCGCUGCCACUGGCGUGCACGGUCGACGCCAUGUCGCCGUUCGUAAAGGGUGCGAACGCGUCGACGUCCAUCGGCUCGUCUUCCUCGCCUUCGCCCUCGACCAUCUUCUCCUUCUCCUUCCCGUUCUCCUUGGCCUUUCCCUUCACUCUAGAGCCCUUCGCAGGCGUAAAGUCCAACGCGGGCAUGCUCCCCUGACGCUUCGACGGCGACGGCGGGAGCUGCCGCAAGUCGAUGUGCGGAACCGCGCUUUGCCCUGCUUCAUCUUCGCCGUCCUCCGCCUCUGAGUCGGCCAUAGCGCGCCGCUUCUCCGGGGAGGCAAUGGCAGGCACCGAGAUUGCGCGCUUGGACCCGCCUACCUUGCU